CAAUUCGAAUACUUGUUUCAUUCUCAUCUGUUUCAGUGCUGCAAGUGGUUCUAUGACUAUAUAUGUUGUUUACCUUUUGAGUAGAAUUAUUAAAAACAUAAAUUGAAAUUUAAUUUAUUAUUAUUGACACGCAAGCAUUUUAAAGCGAAAUGGUUGUUUUGGAAUCCUGUUGGUCGCCAAUCAUUUGGUCGAAUUCUGUGAAAACCGGAAGUUAUGCAGUGGCGUUGUAUACAGCGGCGGUAUCAGUGGUUUUUAUCACAUUGAUCAGUUAUAUGUUAUCGGGUGGAGAAUCAGCUCAACUGUAUUCACCACUUUUUGAAACGGAUAUUAGGUAUUCGAUGCCAGUCUAUGGAGGGAUGUUCAUAUCAUACUUUUUACUCCUUAUAAUCGCAUCGUAUUUUGUAUAUUAUGGAAUAAAAAUAAGCACACGAGGUUGGUUACUACCCUGGCUUAUUUUAGUCGGCUUCGGAAUAUUAUUCCAGUUUUGUUGGGGCCUUUGGCUUAUUGGCGGCUACUAUAUAUAUCUCGAGCAAACCUUUUCCGCUCUUCUAAAUUUUUGCUGGAUGGCUUACAAUAUUUAUUGCUGGUUGUGCGUGUUCUCACAGUACCAAUUAUUUUUGGAGAUGCAAAAUCCUAAUAUCGUUCUCUUGGAGCCAUUUUGAGGUGUUCGAAAGUCUACUUGCAGAUCUACUGUAUUCGAAUGAAACUUUAGUUGCUAAGAUGUAAAGACAUUUACAUAUCGAGUGUAAAACCUAUCACACCUUCAUGUAUAUGAAAGCAUUUAUUUAUGCUUCUAAAUGCAAAGAAGAGAAGACUUAAUAUUCCGUCCAUUUUUUAUAAAAAAUAGAUCUUUAAGAUAAAAUUAUUAUAGGCCUCAUAUAUUUCUAUUUUAAAUUUCAACUGAACGAGAUGAUAUAAAUGCUACAGCACCAUUUUUUUUUAAAUUUUAUUGCGAAGAGAUAAAUCAAUUGUCUUCAUUAAUAAAUGAUAAGCUUUCCUUAAGACGCAAACUAUUUGGUAUGCCUUAAAAUAUUUUAUUAAACAUUUUUAAUCAACAAGCA